GUAGACACGUGUUUUCUUACAGCCUUGAAGGUUACAGAAGAAGCAGCGGGCAGGCUCCUUGUGCAGUCCGCCUGAGAGGGUCACCAGCACGGCGUGUUUUGUGGUUGAAGGCGGUGGAGAGCAGCGCUGAGACGCACAACAUGGAUCCCAUGAAAGCACAGCAGCUGGCGGCGGAGCUGGAGGUGGAGAUGAUGGCUGACAUGUACAACCGAAUGACCAACGCCUGCCACAGGAAGUGCGUGCCACCACAUUACAAAGAGGCCGAGCUGACGAAGGGCGAGUCGGUGUGCCUGGACCGCUGCGUGGCCAAAUACCUGGACCUUCACGAGAGGCUGGGACGCAAGCUGACAGAGCUGUCCGUCCAGGACGAGGAAAUGAUGAGGAAGUCUGCUGUCGGUAGCGGAUAAAGACGCUGAUGACUGGGUUAUUGUUAUGUGGGGGUUCAUAGCUGG